CCCCGAGGAGAACCGGAUGUCCGCUGCACUAAGGUUCUUCGGCAGAAUGUCCUGCUGGACGCCGACCGCGGCGCUGCUCCUGGGCGUCCUAUUGGGAGCCGCGGCGGGGGCGCCAACGCCGGACGCGGCUCCGCUGGACCGGCGCUGGGAGACGCUGUUCUCCCGCUCCGUGCUGGGGGUCUCCGGGGAGAAACCGGAGCUCAGCUGGGAGACUGACUACCUGCUGGGCAUCCAGCGAGUCCGGAGGCUCUACUGCAACGUGGGGAUCGGGUUCCACCUGCAGGUCCUCCCCGACGGCGGCAUCAGCGGGGCGCACAGCGAGGACCCGUACAGUCUGAUCCAAAUCUCCACGGUGGAGCGCGGCGUGGUGAGCCUGUUCGGGCUGCGCAGCGAGCGCUUCGUGGCCAUGAACAGCCGCGGCAGGCUGUACGGGACGACCGUCUUCCAUGAUGAGUGUAAGUUCAGGGAGAGUCUUCUGGCCAACAACUACAACGCCUACGAGUCUGCGGCGCACCGCGGCUGCUUCAUAGCGCUGAGCAAACAUGGCCGCGUCAAGAGGGGCAACAGGGCCACCACCGCCAUGACAGUCACCCACUUCUUACCCCGGAUAUGAGGCAGAAAGUGGCAAUAACAAACUGAUUUGCACAUGUGGAUUAUUAUUAUCCCAGGUGAGAAACACCUGGACAGGCCUGAAAACCUGGACCGGACUGCAGCAGGAGGAGCGGGUUGAGGAGCACCUUCUUCAUGAGGAAGAGGAGGGAGAGGACUUCCUCCUGGGGGAUGGGGGGUUACAUUAGGGACGGACCUUCCUGUUCCUGUUUGGCGUUUCUGCGUCAGGAGGAGGCGGCUGUGCCCCCCCUCCCUCCCUGCAUGCCAGAAAUGCUGAUCUGGAGUCAGAAAUAGCAGCGACCCCGGCGUCAUGCUGCCCUGAGCCAGAGCCCAAUUCCUGGAGGGUCUGACGUUCCUGAGGAUCCACGCCAGGAGGAAACUUCACCCCCCACCCCCCAUCGGUGUGACUGGGCUUUUAUUUUGAAGUGUUCAGGUUACUGACAGCAGAUUAUUGAGGUUCUUCAUAAUUCAUCCUGAUUUAUUUAGCAUUAUUAUUAAUGUUGUUGUUGUUCUUUUGUGUCAGCAGCAAAUUAUUAAUCCCAAUUAUUAAUCCCAGGAUUUUCAGCUCAAUCUGCUGGUUUGGUUUUAAUGUUCAAAUUUUUUCAAGCAGCAUAAUUUUCUUGAACACAGAGCAGAAGGAGCCCAUCAGGGGGCGCUGCCCCUCCAGGAGUGUCCUCUGUGUUUGUCCCCUCCUGGCACCUGUCCACCUCGCCAUGACCUUUGACCCUCAACUCUGCUCCUAUUUCUGCUGGUGUUGGAAAAGCACCAGUUCAAAAGUAUUCACGCCUCCACGUUUUUCCUGAUCCAUCAGGAAAACUCCAGAGUUCUGGUUCCGACCCGAUCGCUGUCUGUACCAACUACUCAGUUUUGCUCUGAUUUCAACAAUCUGAAGCAUUUUGAUGAAGAAAAAAAAAUCUGAAGGGGGUUGAAAACUUUUCCACAGCAUUCUGGCUGAUUUACAGGAAGUGAUGUCACAAAGGGGUUUGGUAGCAGAGAGGAGUUCAGACCCGGUUCUGGUUCUGUUGGAGAGCCACUGAGGUCAAUUUGUUGUAACAGUCGGUCCAGUAAACUGGAUCCGGUUCUUCCUACCAGUUGAUGAUGAGGACAGAGACUCCAGGUUGUCAUGGAGAUGAUCCUGAAUGACCUUUGAUGACCUUUAGGCCUGCACAUCGCCUGUAGCUUUUUAAACUUUAUAUCCAAAUUAAGGUGCAGCACUUCUCUAUAUAUUGUUCUUAUUUUCACUGUCUGCAGGUUUCUGUGCAGGAGAUGAGGUGGUCGUUCUUCCUCCUAACUUUUUCUGAGCAGCUGACAGCAGCUUCUGUCAGUUUGUUAUUUGCAGCACAGAGAAAUCCGUCGGCAGCAUUUUGGUUUGUUUCAGAGUGAAAGUCUGGAGAAAG